ACGAAUAUUAAGACAGCAAUUGUUGAUGAAAUCGGAGGUUCAGGAAGCCAAAGUUCCUCUAAACUAACAGAAAAAACUCAAAAGUUCAGAUACGAACCAAAUGAGGACAUGAAUGAGAAAAAUCAAGAGGAUAGAUACAGACCUCAAGAUGAAGAUGAACAAGAAAAAGGUGCUAUAUCUAGUGAUACAUUGCAAAUGAGUGAUACAGACGAUAAUUUUCAAAAAUUGUCAGAAUCAAUGAUUGGGAAAGUGGAAAGAACAGCACUGAUAGUAGACUUUGUCAAUUUGGAGGAAGUUUUCGAAGACCACUGUAAAGAUUGCAAAAAUAUCUUUGACUUAUGUCAUAGUGAUAUAAUGGAUCUUAGACCUGCCUCACGAUUCACAGAAAAAAUCCCUGAAGUAAUCUGGGAAAAAUUCGUGUCAAAUACAUAUCCCAAAUACGAAAUACCUGAAGCAUGGGAAAAAUUAGUACAAGAUAUCUUCAAGCCAAAAGACUCAUUAGCAGAAUGGAUGAAAACCUGGCACAGACUUUAUGCAAUUUCUGAUGAAAAUAAAAGCAAUGGAGACCUGAUUAUCAAAGAUGCAAUAUAUAAUAUUCUUAACCUAUACAUCGAAGCUUUCAAAGCACCAUACAAUAUACUAAAAUCAGACGACCUUGGAGAAAAUCAGUACAAUGCACAAUUUGUAAGUCCAGUACUGAAUAAUGUGCUCAAGGCUGUUCUUAGUAUUGACUGGAGAAUUCUCGAAGUCCCGGUUGAAAGUAGCAAACACCGACGUAAUUCCAAUAUCAACCCAAUUAUUGAUAAAGUUUUGGAAGCAAAACGUGCAGAUGCCAUGAGGGAUGUGUUAAAUCAAAGAAUAACCCUUCGUCUUAGAGAUGGGAUAUCUGAUCAUAAAGACCUAGCAAGCUUUGGUGCCUUUGGCCUGUUGUGUAAUUUUGAGG